ACGAACAAGGUAUCCUUAACACAGUAGUCUUCAUAAGUGACCCCCUGGGAGCAUAAAAGACCUUUUGGGUUUUUAUCUAGAGCUGCAUGCAUAUGUGGCGCGCUUUUGAGGCAAAUAGAAACGUCUCUGUCAGUAUGUUAUAUUUCAAUAUUGUCAUCUUCCUUUGUUCGUUCGCGGGUGGAUUCUUAUUUGUACUGAGCAAUCCAUCUCCGAGGCCAGUGGAAAAACAACCCUCAAAUAGAACAUUAUCCAAAAGUGUUCAUUGUUCAAACACCACGCCGUAUUGCGCUUUACUCGGUCAGUCAGUGUGUUCAUCACACGAAGCAUGGGCUAAUAAUAACUGCCAAAUGUUUUGCGGAAAAUGUACAGCUCAAACAGUAUCAACUUCGACGGCCUCUUCGACUUCUGUCGGCAGUACAGCAAGUACCACUAACACAAGAUUGACGUGUCCUGUGUGUGACGAAAAUCUAAACUGUGAUUGGAAUCAUACCUGUUUCCUUGGCGAAGUUUGCAUGAUUCGAAACACACCGUUUACAGUGCAUUGUUCGAAGAAACAAGACUGCAUCUUUAUGCAGACAUUGGUGAAUGAGAUAAUAUGCUGCGAAGAUCAUCAGUGCAUCUCUGAGAACGUACCAUAGGAGUUUAUUCAGAUAUACAAAUAUUUCUGAUCAAUGUGCAGAAGAUAAUGUUUUCAAAUUCCUGUUUUAUAAAAGUUUGCAUUUGAUGAACACAAAAAAUUUCGUUUGUGUGAAUGUGAAUUAUUUAUAAAUCAUCUGAUGUGCACUAAUUUACGUAUUGAUGAAUAGAGACAAUCGUGUGCUCUACAACAUGUAUACAUCUGCAUAUGAAUUAAAAAGAAUAAAAUCUU